ACCGAGUACGGGUGCCGGGCAGGCUCUCGCGGAAGUCCAUUCGCCAUUGGGAGGGCCGCAGAGGCUGCUGUGUGCCCUUGUUCCUGAGGGCCUCUUCCUGGGUCAUUCGUGGAGCAGGAGCCGGACUGGGGCUGACACCGGGGCUCCCGCGUGGCCGCCUCGGCGCCUGUGUCACCUCGUCGCCGGCGAGAUGUGGCGGCUACGCCGGGCCGCUGUGGCCUGUGAGGUCUGCCAAUCCUUAGUGAAACACAGCUCUGGAAUACAAGGAAACUUACCACUACAAAAACUGCAUCUGGUUUCACGAAGUAUUUAUCAUUCGCAUCAUCCUACCUUAAAGCUUCAAAGACCCCAAUUCAGGACAUCAUUUCAGCAGUUCUCCUCUCUAACUAACCUUACUUUACGUAAAUUGAAACUUUCUCCAAUUAAAUAUGGCUACCAGCCCCACAGGAAUUUUUGGCCAGCGAGAGUAGCUGCAAGACUCUUAAAACUUCGAUAUCUCAUACUAGGAUCUGCCGUUGGGGGUGGUUAUACGGCCAAAAAGACUUUUGAUCAGUGGAAAGAUAUGUUACCUGACCUUAAUGACUAUAAAUGGAUCGUGCCUGACAUUGUGUGGGAGAUUGAUGAAUAUAUAGAUUUAGAGAAGAUUAGAAAAGCCCUUCCUAAUUCAGAAGACCUUGCAAAAUUGGCACCUGACUUUGACAAGAUUGCAGAAAGCCUCAGCUUACUGAAGGACUUUUUCACCACAGGUCACAAAUUGGUUAGUGAAGUCAUAGAAGCUUCUGACCUACUUCUCUUGUUAGGUUCACCUGGAGAAACGGCAUUUAGAGCAACAGAUCCUGGAUCUGAAAGUGACAAGCGUUAUAAAAAGGGUCUGCUUGGUGAGCUCAUUCUAUUACAACAGCAAAUUCAAGAGCAUGAAGAGGAAGCGCGCAGAGCCGCUGGCCAAUAUAGCACGAGCUAUGCCCAACCGAAGCGCAAGGUGUCAGACAAAGAGAAAAUUGACCAACUUCAAGAAGAGCUUCUGCAUACUCAGUUAAAGUACCAGCGAAUCUUGGAACGAUUAGAAAAGGAGAAUAAAGAAUUGAGAAAAUUAGUGUUGCAGAAAGAUGACAAAGGCAUCCAUCAUAGAAAGCUUAAGAAAUCUUUGAUUGACAUGUAUUCUGAAGUUCUUGAUGUUCUGUCUGAUUAUGAUGCCAGUUAUAAUACACAAGAUCAUCUGCCAAGGGUUGUCGUGGUUGGAGAUCAGAGUGCUGGAAAAACUAGUGUAUUGGAAAUGAUUGCUCAAGCACGAAUAUUCCCGCGAGGAUCUGGGGAGAUGAUGACCCGUUCUCCUGUAAAGGUGACUCUGAGUGAAGGCCCUCACCACGUGGCCUUGUUUAAAGAUAGUUCUCGGGAGUUUGAUCUUACCAAAGAGGAAGAUCUUGCAGCAUUAAGACAUGAAAUUGAACUCCGAAUGAGGAAAAAUGUGAAAGAAGGCUGUACUGUUAGUUCUGAGACCAUAUCCUUAAAUGUAAAAGGCCCUGGACUACAGAGAAUGGUGCUUGUUGACUUACCAGGUGUGAUUAAUACUGUGACAUCAGGCAUGGCUCCUGACACAAAGGAAACUAUUUUCAGUAUCAGCAAAGCUUAUAUGCAGAAUCCUAAUGCCAUCAUAUUAUGUAUUCAAGAUGGGUCUGUGGAUGCUGAACGCAGCAUUGUUACUGACUUGGUCAGUCAAAUGGACCCUCAUGGAAGAAGGACGAUAUUUGUUUUGACCAAAGUAGACCUGGCAGAGAAGAAUGUGACUAGUCCAAGCAGGAUUCAGCAGAUAAUUGAAGGAAAACUCUUCCCAAUGAAAGCUCUAGGUUAUUUUGCUGUUGUAACAGGAAAAGGAAACAGCUCUGAAAGCAUUGAAGCUAUAAGAGACUAUGAAGAAGAAUUUUUUCAGAAUUCAAAACUCCUAAAAACAAGCAUGCUAAAGGCACACCAGGUGACUACAAGAAAUCUAAGCCUUGCUGUGUCGGACUGCUUUUGGAAAAUGGUACGAGAGUCAGUUGAACAACAGGCUGAUAGUUUCAAGGCAACACGUUUUAACCUUGAAACGGAGUGGAAGAAUAACUAUCCUCGCCUGCGGGAACUUGACCGGAAUGAACUAUUUGAAAAAGCUAAAAAUGAAAUCCUCGAUGAAGUUAUCAGUCUGAGCCAGGUUACACCAAAACAUUGGGAGGAAAUCCUUCAGCAGUCUUUGUGGGAAAGAGUAUCAACUCAUGUGAUUGAAAACAUCUAUCUUCCAGCUGCACAGACCAUGAAUUCAGGGACUUUUAAUACUACAGUGGAUAUCAAACUUAAACAGUGGACCGAUAAGCAGCUUCCUAAUAAAGCAGUCGAGGUUGCUUGGGAGACCCUACAAGAAGAGUUUUCCCGCUUCAUGACAGAACCAAAAGGAAAAGAGCAUGAUGACAUAUUUGAUAAACUUAAAGAGGCUGUUAAGGAAGAAAGUAUUAAACGCCACAAGUGGAAUGAUUUUGCAGAGGACAGCUUGCGGGUUAUUCAACACAAUGCAUUGGAAGACCGGUCCAUAUCUGAUAAACAGCAGUGGGAUGCAGCUAUUUAUUUUAUGGAAGAGGCUCUUCAGGCUCGUCUCAAGGAUACUGAAAAUGCAAUUGAAAAUAUGGUGGGUCCAGAUUGGAAAAAGAGGUGGUUGUACUGGAAGAACCGAACCCAAGAACAGUGUGUUCACAAUGAAACCAAGAAUGAGUUGGAGAAGAUGUUGAAAUGUAAUGAGGAGCACCCAGCUUACCUUGCCAGUGAUGAGAUAACUACAGUCCGGAAGAACCUCGAGUCCCGAGGAGUAGACGUAGAUCCAAGCUUGAUUAAGGAUACUUGGCACCAAGUUUAUAGAAGACAUUUCUUAAAAACAGCCCUAAACCAUUGUAACCUUUGUCGAAGAGGCUUUUAUUACUACCAGAGGCAUUUUGUAGAUUCUGAGUUGGAGUGCAAUGAUGUUGUCCUCUUUUGGCGAAUACAGCGCAUGCUUGCUAUCACCGCAAACACUUUACGACAGCAACUUACAAACACUGAAGUCAGGCGAUUAGAGAAAAAUGUUAAGGAAGUAUUGGAAGAUUUUGCUGAAGACAGUGAGAAGAAGGUUAAGCUGCUAACUGGUAAACGAGUUCAGCUCGCUGAAGACCUCAAGAAAGUUAGGGAAAUUCAAGAAAAACUUGAUGCUUUUAUUGAAGCUCUUCAUCAGGAGAAAUAAAUUGUAGUAAAAUCCUACUCAUAAUCACCUCUGCAUACAUCUGAAGAAAGAAAACUCCAAAGUCUUUUGUCCUGCCUUUUUUUCAUCUGCUCUUCCACCUUUCUAAACAUAAAAUAAAGUCAUGGGAAAAAAUAAUUUAUGUGUGUUAGAGGCGCUUUAAACAUCAGCUGCCUUUUGAAUGGAAGAACAGUGGAAAUGACAUUAACAUUCUGUUUUAUUGUACCCAAGUGACAAAUUGGGAUAAUUUAAGUGGUGUGGCCAUUAGGCUCAGUCCUUGAAGAUAAGAAACUUGCUCUCCUGCUUGUUGUCUCAUUUGUGGUGACACUAGCUGAUGUUACUAACUAACUCACUAGCUGAUGUUACUUGAUGUCACUUUCUUUUCCAGAAAAAGAAUGCUAGAUGUAUUGAAAUAAAACUUAACAGCAAUUUUCUAAAGGCUAUCAAAAAUUGUAUAUAAGAUAAUGGUAACCCACUGAGUUGUUGUCUAUAAUGUUCUAUGCCCAGAAACUAUUUGACUGUGAUAACUCAGUUUAUUUAUUUAUCACGUGAAACAAAGCAAGUUAACAGAGAAACCCUCAAAUAGGUCGAUUUGGGCUACAGUAAUUCCAUGUAUAUUCAGCAAAAGAGAUUUCAGUUCUUCAUUGACAGCUUAGAAAGUUGCCUUCCCAGGCUAAGUCAGUAGCAGCUUACCUGUUUGAUUCAGUUGGUGUUUUUGUUCUCUGUCCGUUUGAAAUUCAUUCAUUUGGCUGUUGUAUAAUUGAGCUAGGCUUUCUGUUAACAGUGUUUUUUCACCUGUUGACAGAGUUAUUGGAUUGUGACUCGGGAUAGGAAAGAUUAAGAAUAAUCAAUUGACUCAUUUUGUUUAGACUGUUGUCGAACAUUUCAACUAGCCCUCAGGAAAAAGCUUUCUUUCAUAAGACUGGAUUUUUAAAUAGAAAUUAUUUCAGCAGUUAGAAUAAUGUUGACCAUCCUCCUCUGUGCUGAACAUUUAAAGGAAAUACAAAGUUUAAUUCAUUGCAGUUCAAUUACAAUAAUAUCCUCACAUCAUUUUCAUGUUUUUUACAUAAAUAUUUUUUAUUGGCUAAAGGACUUUAAAGCAAAGUCAUUUUUGACUUUAAAUAUCAUUUUCAUUUAACUCUGCUCUUUGCUGCCAUUUCAUUACGCCUUUUUUAUUCUAAUAAAAAUGCCCAUUGUGUGACAGUUUUUAUUUUCCAGUUUAAUUUCAAGUUUUCUUCGAAUUAUGUUUUGGUAACAGUUCCCGUGCCACACCUUUUUUUUUUUUAAUUUACCAUCAAUAUAUAUUCUUUAUUGUGAUCUCUCUUAAUAUCUGACACUUAAUAUGCAAGUUAUAUCAGUCAUAUCAUUGAAGGAUAUCACAAAAUAUUUCAGAAACUGAGAGUUCAGGACAUACUUUUUUUGAUCAGAAAAGUAGAUCCACUUUUAAGCAGCUAGUAGCAAUAUACUUUGUUUGGUAGCUGAGUGGUCGAAAACAUUUCCUGUGUCCUUUAGACCUGGGUGGGGGGGAUAGGAAGGGGGUGGAGCGCCCCAGGAUUGUGUACAAAGGUUAGGAGAUGACGUCGCUGGUUAACUCCCUCUAACCAGUGCUGGCCAGUGGGCAAACACCCUCACUGAAGCCGACAUCAUGCAUUAUUAAUUAAUAUUUUGCAGUUAUGAGACACAACCACUUUACAACUACAGAUCUAUUUCUAAAGAAGAAGGAAUAGGACUGUAUUUCUUUCUGAGAGCUAUGGACAGGGGCAAGUGCCCUCAGCUGUAUUCCCCCCAGGCAAAGGCUGAUGUUAAGUCAGUACUUAUCACAACCCUUUGUAUAAAUUUAAGAAAGGGGUGGUCGGGUAUCUCCAUUCCUUUGAGAUCAGUAUUUGUAAUUUAAAUAUAUAAAUAGAUGAUAAAAAAUACUAUUAGAAAUCCCAUAUUAGAGUCCAGAUAGUCCCCAUCCCCCUCAGUAAUAUGACUUCUUUCAUAGAUUAAUAUUUUUUUCCCUUAUGGCUGUCUCAGACUAAGCAUGCCAAGCCUCUCCACCCCUGCCCCACUGAAAGUGAAGUAUUUAUUAAAUGCAGAUGUUAUUAAAAGAAAAGAAAUUAAAUUCAGAUUCUCAACAGUAAACCCUGUGUUUUGUGUCUGUAGUUCAGAAAUUACAGAUGAUUCCGUUGUAAACAAAUCACUAUACAGAAGUAUGCAACUGUAACAAAUGAAAACAAAUUCAAUAUACAGAAGUUAAAUUCUAACUAGACCAGGAAUCAUUUGUUUUUCAUGUCAGAAUCUGCAAAGAAUAGAGUGAACAGAGCUCUGUAUGGAAGACUGAGUAACUGUAAAUAGAUUAUAUCUAGAAUUUACUGGGUCAGGGCAUCAAUUUUAAAAAUCAGUUUAUGAACGAUAAUGCAUGGUAGGAAACAAGCAGUUCUUACAGCUUCACGGUUAAACUAUAGUUCAGCUGAGCUAUAGCUGUAAGUGGAGCAACCAGCCUUCCCAAGUGGCUUAUUUAUGUUCUCUUUUGUUUGUAUUAUCCCACCUUUCCAGGCUUGACAACAGCAGACUCCUUCCCACAAGUUGCCUCUGGAUGGAAAUGAAUAGUGUAAAAAUGAGUAGGGAAUAUUGCAGAAAGUGGUACUUCCUAAUCGUAUAAUCUGAGAAUUUUACAUACGAUGAUAAUAUACAGAGUGUAGGUUUAAAAGUUAAAUUCCUUAACUAGUCAAUUUUAUUGUUAUUUAUUUUAAAUGUAUUUAUCUGCAAAAAGAAAUGUGGUAUUUUAGUUUUUGAUAAAGGGGAUCAGAGUAAUUUUUUUUUAAUUUCAGUUCUCUAAGCUGAUAUAUGCUAUAGUUUCAGGUACUUUAGCAGAAUGGAAAUGUGUUCGCAAAUAUGCUUACCUUUUGAAUAAUCAUGGCUUUGUGUUUAAAUAUUUAAAACUUAUUCUUGUUUUUACUUGUGCACUAUGAAUGAACUUUGUAUUAUUUUUAAAAACCUUCACACCUUGUAGAUGUAACUGCAGUUUAUAUUUUGCCUGUGCUUGAUCUAAGGUCAUCUGUGUAGAUGAGUAAUUAAAGAUACUUAAAUCAGGUUAUAA